UAGUUGAUUUUAAUUAUCCACAGCUGACGGUUUGUGAGAACGGCGGGCGCUAAGCAAUAUUUGUGUAUUUUUUUGGUUUGUUUUAUGUCGACUAACAAAAGUGCAAUUGUGUAUUAAAAAUAGCGACUAGCUUACAAUAAAGAAAACAAUUAAAUGCCAUUCGUACAUCUGAGGCGCACAGUGCAAAAGCUCAGAGCGAACCAGCGGCAACUGGCGGCAAGAUUGAUUUAAACAUUUGAUCGACAGACGCCGCCUGGACAUGAGCAAGGCCGGCAAGCACAUCCAGAGCAGUGGCCCAGCUUUGGCUAUAGGCCACGCCUCCAAGGCACUGCUCGCGCCCUCGACUGGACCCGCAACAACAACAACAACAGCAACGUCUAACGGUCAGGCCACCAGCCCCACCAAUGUGUUCAAUUCCAUAAUGAGCUUCCUGCCGGACAAUCGGCCAAUCACCUCACUGCACAUUGUCGCGGACUUUGAGCGCUGCCCGAAGAACUUUAAUGCCAUACAUCGGACAUACGAUCAGGAUGCUGACGCGGAUCUGUGGCGUGAGAAUAAUAUACUCUUUGGACGCCAAACCACGCGCUAUCUGUGCCUAUCCAAAUCUGAGGGCUUGCCCGAAUACGUUGUCGAGACGCUCAAAGUCAUUGCCGAGAAGGUGCCGCCGCCUAAAGAGUUUUCGCUGCUCUCUCGCACCGCGGACACCGAUCAGAAGGCGUGGCGGAAGCGUCAAAUCGCCUAUAAGCUGUCCAAACGGAGCACCGUCGUGCAGGCCGUUACUGAUGUCAUACUCUGCUCCAAGCAAAAAAUAGCGCCCGAUGGAUUCAAGCUGGCCGGCGACAUUAACGGCGUCCUAGUCUGUUAUAAAACUGGUGCCAUUCCCGUGCGUCUGCCCCCGCCUGUUCCGGGCAGUAGCUGCGAAGUGGAGCAGGCGCUGAAUCGUCUCAAUUUGCAUGGCCAGCGCACAGCACGUGGCCCGCUGCCGCAGUUGCCUGCUACGACUGAACAUCACGACUAUGAGGAGAUACAGGCGCACUAUCAAAUCAAUUCACCUCAGAGACCAGCGCCGCCACGUCCAGCGUCAACAGCUCUCGCAGGAACAGGUCCAACUUUAGGAACAACUGGGCGCUCUGGCUAUUUUGGCAUUGGCACACUUGGCACCUACACAGAGCUGGAGGGUGUGCCGUUUGCCAUGCAUGCGAUGCUGCAGCGCAGCCAGCCUAUGACUGAAUUGCCUACACUGCCCGAAAUCUCAACGCUGUUGAAAACUCUUGACUAUGACUUUCAGCUGGAGCGUCAAAUCUUGUGCACCAUGAAAUCCUCGGCAUCCAAGAAUCCAUUCUUCAAGUAGCUCAAAAACCAAAUGAGCGCUCUAUAGUGAAAAAGAAAACGUAAAUUUAAUUAAAUCAAUUGUUUCAAUUGGAUAAUACUAAAAACGAAAUGUACUUAGACUCGUAUGCGAACGAAUAGCACGAAUAUAUAGCACUCACAUUUGUAUAAUCAGUUCGAUUUCCAUUCGGUUCAAUUCGAUUCCAUUGAUACAAUAAUGAUUAUAUUUGCUUAAAAAGACCUCAGACCCAUAUGUGUGUAUAGAUUCCUGUGCCUUUGAUAUGUAUCUAAGUUCAUGUGUGCGUAUCUAAUGAAUAUGCAUCCCCAUUGUUAUAUCUGAGUCAAGCAAACAAACAAAAAAACCAUAUAUAAAUAUCUAUAUACAUACAAAUCAUAUUUAUAUGAAUUUGACCCGCAUUGUGAUCGUGAAACGAAUGUUUGUCAUUAUUAUUUUUAAA